GCAUUAUCACAGAGCUCAAUGAACGCGCACGGUGAUUUAUGUGCUGAGGAGAAUCCGGAGCUCGAGAGGAUACCGGUAAUUUAAACUAACGGUCCCGUUGUCAAGUGAGUAACAAACCGGGGGGUUUCCACUCACAACUUUGUAUGGACGUACGCACAUUUGAAAAAAAGAUAUACAGUGUUGUGAAGAUUCACGCCUUGUGACCUGUUUACAAGUAGGACAAGACUCUUGCCGUCAGUCUGCACACUUGCUUCUGUUUAAGGGUGUAGCACAGUAGUGAAGAUCCUCACACCUCCAAUCCAAAAGUAUAGUAGUGUGAAAUUCCACAACCAAGUCCAGAGAGCAGUUAAUAAGGCCAAGAGGCAGCACUUGCUUUUUUUUCUGAUGCAAGAGGACAACAAGAAACCAACACCCUUGGAUGAACUUUUCCCCAGUACAAAUGUAUAUAUUUUAUGAUUGCAAAAACAGUGACCAUUGAACUUUUUUAAGAAAUAUUUGCAUCUUUUGGAUACAACACUAAUGCAUUUCCCCUCAGCUUUGGAAAGAUGAACAUAAAAUUAAGCGGAGGGACGAUUUAGAGUUUGCGUAGAUUUUCUUCACCAUGUCAUGGAAAAGAAACUAUUUUGCAUCUGGCAGCAGUGGGUUACAGGGCAUAUUCACCCCACGAACCAUGACAUCAAUCGCCCCCAGCAAAGGACUCAUCAACGAGCCGGGACAGAACAGCUGCUUCCUGAACAGCGCUCUACAGGUUCUCUGGCAUCUGGAUAUCUUUCGGCGAAGUUUCCGGCAGCUCACCACACACAAGUGCAUGGAAGACUCGUGCAUCUUCUGCGCUCUGAAGAGCAUCUUUGCGCAGUUCCAGUUCAGCAGUGAGAAGGUGCUGCCCUCUGAUGCUCUCCGCUGCGCUCUGGCCAAAACCUUCCAGGAUGAGCAGCGAUUCCAGCUGGGCAUUAUGGAUGACGCUGCUGAGUGUUUCGAGAAUAUCCUCAUGAGGAUCCACUUUCACAUCUCUGAUGAGACCAAGGAGGACAUCUGCACCGCCAAACACUGCAUCCCUCACCAGAAGUUUGCCAUGACACUCUUUGAGCAGUGUGUGUGCAGCAACUGUGGUGCCUCCUCAGACCCCUUACCCUUCAUUCAGAUGGUCCACUAUAUCUCCACCACCUCUUUGUGUAACCAAGCAGUGCGAAUGCUGGAAUGCAGAGAGAAGCCCACCCCAGACAUGUUUGGAGAGCUGCUGAGGAACGCCAGCACCGUGGGAGACCUGCGCAACUGCCCGGGCAACUGUGGAGAGAAGCUCCGCAUCCGGCGUGUCCUGAUGAACUCUCCAGAGAUCAUCACCAUUGGCCUGGUGUGGGACUCGGACCACUCUGACCUGGCAGAAGACGUCAUUCAUAGCUUGGGCACCGUCCUGCGGCUCGGAGAUCUGUUCUACCGAGUGACGGAGGACAAGGCCAAACAGGCGGAGCUCUACCUUGUGGGCGUGGUCUGUUACUACGGCAAACACUACUCCACUUUCUUCUUCCAAACCAAAAUCCGCAAGUGGAUUUACUUCGAUGAUGCUCAUGUGAAAGAGAUUGGGCCCAAGUGGAAGGAUGUGGUGUCCCGCUGUAUAAAGGGGCAUUACCAGCCACUGCUGCUGCUCUAUGCUGACCCCAGGGGGACGCCAGUGUCAGCUCAGGAUUUGGCCUCACGCCUAGACCUACAUCACUACAAUAAAGCAUAUUAUGACAGUGAGGAUUCAGGGCGUGAGCCAUCAAUUUCCAGCGAUACACGGACAGACUCCUCCACAGACAGCUACAGCUAUAAGCAUUCACUCUCCCACUCCCAUCAUGAGUCUAUGGCUUCCCACUUCUCCUCUGACUCCCAAGGAACCGUCAUCUGUAACCCUGACAAUGACUCUGCCUCCCACAGCAGCCUGGAAACCACAGGUCCUUUAACCGACGGCGAUCCAGUGCAACGCCACACUCUCAGAAAAGACGUGGUCUUGGACAGAAAGGGAGGAGUUUUGGACAGGAAAAGAAGUGCCAGCAGGCCACGAAAACUUGAGGUCCGGGGUGAUUCAAGAAGUCGUUGUUCUAAGACUGAUGAGGUGUUGUCUGCUGGCUACCACAGUGAAGGUGAGACUUUAAAAGAGCAGCAGGUACCCCGUUCCCUACCUAAACCCAGCUCCAGCCGACUUAGAGACUUUAAGGAGACCAUGAGCAACAUUAUCCAUAACCGGCCUCUUUCUGCAUCGUCCUCGGGCUCAGUUUGCCCACCUGACUCCACCACUAAGGCUCGAGACUGGGAAGCCGACAGCACCAGCAGUGAGUCCAAGUCCAGCUCCUCUGGAGGGCGAUACCGUCCGCCCUGGAAGCCUCGUCGUGAGGCCCUCAACAUUGAUAGCAUCUUUAGCAGGGAGCGGCGCAAACAGGCCGGGUACAGUCCACUAGGAGCUCUGUUGCCUGAAGACACAGGGCCUCUGGGGGACUUGGCGACAUCCAUGGAGCAGACCACCUUUCGAGAUCUGCCAGGACUCCUGAGACGAGGAUCAGAGCAGCCCCCACGGCUUAUCCAGAGGAUGGAGAGCGGAUAUGAGAGCAGUGAGAGGAACAGUAACAGCCCUGUCAGUCUAGACAUGCCUGUUAAUGAGGGCACCAGUAAUGGCAUGCACAGCUUACGAGAGGGAGGAAAUAAAAACCCUCCACCUGAAGUCAGCCCACCAUGGAAAACUGUACCUGUCGCAAAAUCCAAGAGCAGCAGUGCCCUACUGCAGGAUGUCAAAGCGUCAGUCAAGGGCAGCAGUCACAUGAGUUUAGCAGGAGAGGGCCGCAGUGAACUGGAUGAGCUGCAGGAGGAAGUGGCUCGCCGGGCCAAGGAGCAAGAAUUACAGAGGCGAAAGGAAAAGGAGAAAGAGGCGGCCCUGGGCUUCAAUCCCAGACCCAGCAAGUUCAUGGAUUUGGACGAGCUCCAAAACCAAGGGAAAGGGGAAGGCAUUGAAAGGUGUGUGUUGGAGGCAGAGUCUCUGUUAGACCAAUCUCUAAGGUUGGAACAGGCAGGAGAGGUGGCCACCGCUCUGUCUGUGGUUAACGAAGCAAUGUCUAAACUCAGGCAUACCUUGCAUGAGAGCAGCGCUAACGCUCAGGGCAGGAUGCAAAAGUGCAUGAGGAGAGCACGAGGUCUGCAGCAGCGCAUGCAGCAGAAGCAACAGGAGGAAGAAAAGGAACAGAAACAGCCCCUCAGUGAACAGUCUGUCCCGGUCCAAAUACUUCUGACUAAUGUUAAAGAAGAGGAUGAGAAGGCAGUUUCAGAAGAUGCAUUAAGACCACCAUCACCUCUCCACAUGAAACCUCAGUCUAUAAAUAAACCUAUUUCUGAAGCCCUUGACCCUGCUGUCUCCUCCUACCAUACAGACACACUUUCUCAGCAGCAGGGCUGCGCAGGGGACAACUCCAGUCCUCUUGCUGUUACAGAGAAUGAGAAUGUGCCACACUCACACACGUGGGGCCCCAGAAACCCCGUCACCAUCGAAAACUCUCUUGUACAAACUGCUAAAAAACGCAGUUCUGCCACUGUGCCUGUUAAUGGCUGCGAGGCUCCUCUCCAGUCCUCGAUUCCACUCAAUACGCCCUCUGGUCCGACUAAUUUCAGUGCUCGUCACACACCUUCCAUCUCUGAUCGCUCAAGCUCUGGGGAAGGACUUCAAAUCCCACCUCGACCUCAGUCUCUCCAUGGCCUAACCCAAGCACCCCACAGCCGCGCUUCUGAUGCCUGUCAAAAAUCACUCCCGGCACCCUCACGCAAUUGGUCCUGUCGCAGUCUGGGACGUCCCGAUCGCAGUCCUACCGUGAUGGACUCCUCCCUGUACUCUCCAGCAGACUUCCGCCCCCCCUCAUCCCCCUGUCCUCCAACCCUUUCAUCACCAGCACUGGAGCAGCAUCCAGCCGGCCCUAUGCCUGUGGAGAGGUGGGCAGAGAAUGUCAAUCGAUACUACAAUUCCCAGAAUUGUGUGCGGUCGGGACGUGGCUCACCCUGUGAGGAGCUGUCUGAGCUGGACUCACUUUAUCAGGCCAGCUUGAAGGCUCCCAGCAUGCCCCGAGCCCCAUUGGGACCCAGCCCUCAGCUUGCCAGCAGAUCAGGACCCGCUGCUUCUCGUAAGCACAACUCUGGAUUCUCUGCCACACUUGGCCGUUCUAAAACCCCCACAGCAGAGAUCGAGAGGAGUGCCUACAGGACGCCAGCAUACAGCACUAAACCACUUCAGAAGCCUGUGUCUGCUGUUAACCAUGAUGCACCACUGGGUGAGGAUGAAUCAUACAGUGCAGAGAACCUACGACGAAUUGCUCGGAGUCUCAGUGGAACUGUCAUUGGAGGGCGGACUGACGUACCCCCGUCCAGAAGCUUUGACCCCCAUGUCUCCAGGAUGUCGAAGCAUGUGAACGUACAACCCCCCACACGUCGCUCCACCACCUCCCUGCAUGUUUUACCCCCUCCUUCCCACAAUCCUCCUGCGUUCCCUCACGAACCGCAGCCCCAAUACCUUCACCCAAGCCACCGCCACCAUCCCGCCCCUCCAUCACACCUGCACCAGCAGACACUGAGACCUUCUCAUGGACAAACAGGAGAUUGCCAAAAGGCCAACAAGUUUCUGGCUGUGCUUGACCGGGGUGAAGUGUUCUCCUUUGAAAACUACCACAACGUUGCACUGAACUACGCCACCCUUCCACGGGCCCUCCGUAGGACAAUUUCAUCCGAGCCCCCGGUGCACCAAGCGAGGUCGGGACCCUCAGUGGGUCCGGGGCCCCGGAACUACCCAGACGCAGCCUACGCUACGCUGUCCCACCCUCACCGCACUACAGCAUCUAGUAGGACGAUGGAUGGUUUUUACAGACAUCCGAAACAAAACCCAUUCUCGCAUCACUCCAGCCAUCAUCACCCGCACCAGGAGCCACCAGCCCAACCCCUCCGCCUCGAUGUGCCCCCUGAGAGGGACUGGAGGGCUGGUAGGGACACUCAUGUCUUCCCCAGGACAGAACCGCGUGGUGGAAUGCCCCGUGCUGCGGCGUUUCAACGCUGGAUGGAGGACGUCACUCCCUGCACUGUUACCUACAGUAAAUGUUUCCACUGCUAAUUCACUUCCCGAGUUAAGUUCACUUUAAUUGGCCACAAUCUCCGCAUAAAGCUGUGCAGAACAGAGCACUUAACUGACGCAAACACACAAAACGACAAGACUUUGCCUGCUGAUAUACAGUGUCUGCUUCGUAUAUGCACAAAUACGCUUUAGUUUUUAAUUAGCUUUUCGAGCUAACCUUAGUUCUGUGAUUGUAAUUUAACGAUGUUAACUCAAGUUUAGUGCACUUCAGAAGUGUUAAGUUAGAAGCGUUCCUCUGUUGUAACUUCUCCAAUUUUUAUUGGAAAACAAUGGUUGUGUAACUACUUCGUUUAGAGGGCUGUAACGUCAUUGUGUAAGUAAUCGGAGGUAGAUCUGAUUCCUCCAGUGUACCAACAGUCAACUUUCAAAAACCUCUUUGGCAUUUGUGACGAUAUUUUUGUGUACAGUAUUGUUCCGCCCGACAGUAGCACCAACACCUGUGAUCUCUCUUUUUUUUUUUUUUACUUCUUGUAGUAGCAGCAGUUUAACUUUGAUUUAUACAGUAUAUCUUACAUUAACUGUUAAGUGCAAAACUAUUUCAUGGUUGUUUUAAGACGUGAGAUAUUGAAAACAGAAGGACAGAACUGUCUGCAGUGCCUUGGUUUGUGAAAGGCAACGGAACUGGGUGCCAGUGUCCAUUUUAUAGAUUUAUAGCCUUAUAAUAAUGCUUAUUAUAAAAGUGAUAAAUUCAAGAAUUGCAGUUCACAAAACAAGAUAAUUUCACUUUUCCCCCCACUGGAAAUUAAUGACUUUUUACAUUGGUUUCAUUUAAUUUCUUGGACGACGCUGAGGUAAAACUUGUGGCCUGAGAUGUUUAGUUGUAGUCUUACACAUUGAAAGUGUUUCAGCUAUUAGCCAAGUUUGAUGGUGCAAUGUGCCAUUUCAUGGAAAUCAAAGUAUUACCUGCUCAUCUUGAAACAGGGCCAAACAUUAUUUUUUUCAUAAAUUGUAGAGCAUGUCAAAUACCUCAACCAAUCACAUGCUCUCUUAGUUUUAUUUCUCUAGAACAGUUUUGCAUGUAAAUCAGGACCUAAUGAUGAAUCGGAGUGCCUCUGCAUUGAAUUCUCACUUCUUUUUUGUUGCUUGGCCAAUAUGCAGUGCAACACUGCCCUGGCAUGAUGAUUACUGACAGAACAUGGAUCUGUGAUUAAUUUACCCUUUUCUUCUUUAAUUAAUAUCCAAACAGAUAUGGCAAAAAAGCAAGGCUGUAUAUAUAAGUGUGUACAGAUAUUCAGUCUUUGAUGAAGUACGGAGGGAUUCAGAUUUGAUGUAAAUGCUGUGCUAGAAAUAAAACUUGUAUUUUUGCAAUAAAGUUAUAUUAAGCUCCAUUCAGGAGCAGAACGCUGUA